AUUUGGGAUGAAUGCGCAGUAAUGACUGAAAGCGCGACGUCCCUCGUGGGGUGCACUGCCCCUUGUGCGCUCACCUCCCCCCACCCAACACUUCUCCUACCACUCCAAUUCGUCCUCAAAAUAGUACCGCACUUCCAUGGCGGACACCUCCGCGGCUCCGCUUCCCCCCGUCCCCCCCUCCCCGCCCAUUGCGCCCGUCUGCUGCCCCCUCACCUCCCUCGACCAGCUGCUCCAGUGGCGCCCCGGCAGCCCUGCCACGGGCGGAAUCUACAACCGCGCGACCGCACCCUUCCGCGCGCGGAGCGUCGCCGGCGGAGCCCCACGCAGCGGGCGGCGGCGGCAGCAGCGGGUGCUGGCGUGCCAUGACAUGAUGGGGGGGUACGUGGAGGACCAAUGCGCGCAGGGCUCGGCGCGCAGCGACGUGUACCGGAUGUGGGAGUGGGACGUGGUGGACGCGUGGGUGUACUUCAGCCACCACCUGGUGACGGUGCCGCCCGUGGCGUGGAGCAACUGCUGCCGCACGCACGGCGUGCAGUCCCUGGGCACGUUCAUCACGGAGUGGGAGCAGGGCGCGGCUGUGUGCCGGCAGCUGCUGGCGUCGCCCGCCACCGCUGCCCUCGCCGCUCAGCAGCUCGCAGAGCUGGCGCACUGGCACGGCUUCCACGGCUGGCUGGUGAACAUAGAGAACAAGGUGGAGAAGGCCAGCAUCCCCACGCUCCUGCACUUCCUGCGCGCCCUCACCCACCACAUGCACGUGCUCUGCCCCCACGCCCUCGUCCUCUGGUACGACAGUGUGACGGAGGAGGGCGAGCUGAAGUGGCAGGACGCGCUCACCCCCGCCAACCAGGUCUUCUUCCAUGCAUGCGAUGGCAUCUUCACCAACUACUGCUGGCAGGGCCCCGCUCAGGUGCGCGCCUCAGCAGUCGUAGCGGGUGCACGUGCGGCCGACGUCUUCAUGGGCGUGGACUGCUUUGAGGCGCCUGGGCGCGCGGGCAGAGGGUUCAAGGCGGGGCAGUGCGUGCAGACGGCGCUGGAAGGGGGGGUGUCGGCGGCGGUGUUUGCGCCUGCGUGGGUGUACGAGACAUGGCAGGGGCCCUGCUUUGAGGCGGCGCAGGAGAGGCUGUGGCACGGUAUUCGCACGGCCCUCCACUUGCGCCGCUCCCUGCCAUCUCGCCAUCCCCUGGCAGCACCACUCACGCAGCUCUCCCUCCACGCCCAGCAGGGCGCGCAUGGGGAUAGGGCCGAGGGGGUGCAAGGGGCGGAUGGGGCACAGGGACAGGGGGGAGGCAGUGAAGGGGGGAAGGCAGGGGAACGGUCGGAAAGCAUGGGGGCGGGUGGGGAGCAGGGUGCUGUGGUGGGCACGGCUGUGUGCGCAGGGGACUUGUCAGGCGAGAGCAGUGCAGCAGCAUGUGAGGAGGAGGGCGAGAGCGGCUUCCCCAUCUCCUUGCCUCUCUUCACUGCCUUCGACCAGGGUGUUGGCACCACCAUGUGGCUGGCUGGUCGCCACGUGGCGAGCUCCCAUUGGAGCAAUUUCUCCUGCCAGACGUUGAGGCCAGUGCACAUGCACACGUCACGACCCUUGCUCUCCGCCCGCCCUCCCCGUCCACCGUGCUCUGUCCGCUGCUCUCUCUGGCAAGGCACGGCAUGGGAAGGCUCCGCUGCUCUCCUCCUCUCCCUCUCCCCCUCUCCUUCCCCCUCUCUUGUGCCUGAUCCAUCAGCCAACCAGGUCCUGCCACGUGUGCAGCUAGGGCCCGCCACGUCAGCAUGUGUGGUGGAUGUGUUUCGGCCACGUGUGCAUGUGGAGCAGGACACCAUUCUGCACGUGUCGUACUCUGUGGUUUCCGCCUCUGGCUUCAUCACCUGUCUCGCCCUCUCACUCCACCCUGUACCUGGGCAUCCUCCUCACUACCACUCACCCACCACCCCCACUCCUCCCGCUCACACCGCUCCGCACUUUCCCCCUCAUUCCACCAUCCUGCUGCUCCCUCCCCCACCGCUCUCUCCCACUCCUCUCUCCUCCCACCCAUCGUCCCACCCUCACUCCCUCGCCCCACCGUCCCUCUCCACCCCUUCACCCUCCCCCACUACCUGCCUCUUCCCCACCGUUACCCGACCAUCUCCCUCCCAUCUCACCCCUCCCACGACCAAACUAGGUGACAGUGGGGCAGAGUGUGGGGCAGGAAGAGAGCAGGCAAGGGGGGGGAGUGCAGUGUGGGAGGUGAGGGAGUACCAGGUGCCAUUUGAGGCCAAUCACGUGCUGACAGGUGUGCACGUGCUGCUGGUGGCAGUGGGCCAUGCUGCACUAAAUGCCCCUGUGCCUGGCCUGCCUGCUGGUGAUGCAGCAGGAGACAGAGGGUGCGAGCACACACCACAGGUCAGCAUGGCUAAGGAGCUGCUGCUUACUGGGGGAGACACGGGCACGGCUGAUUGGCUCAUGGAUGUAUGCAAGGCGGCAUGGCUUGCAAGUACCUCGCUCACAUCUCCUAUAAUUACCAGGGGUGGUGAUGGUGAUGGUGAUGGUGAAAAAGCAACUGGCACAGGUACUGGCCAGCCCACAGCAGCACCUGUUGGCAUAUCCCCAGCAGCAUCAGAUGCAGCGGGUCCAGGGGCGUCAAGCCCAGAAUCUACAGAGGCACCAGCUGCAGCAGAGGAAUCCCCUGCCCAUGCUGCCCUGCCGUGCUUUCUCCCUGCUGUGCUGCCCCCAGCAGCAGCAACAGCGGUGGGGCAUGUGCGCGUGGCAGCAGAGCCCGAACCUGCGUGCCUGGCUCGGUGGAAGGUGAAGGGCUUGUGUGCUGAGCAGGUGUGGUGGGUGCAGGGGAAGGGGAAGAGUUCGGGUGGAGAGGGGAUGGGGGGCAGAGAAGGGGAGGCACGGACAGAAGUGGAGGAGGGCAGGGAUGGGAUAGAAGGAAGUUUAGAGGUUGAGCAGAAGGGUGGCUCCAGGGACGGGGACGAGAAGGGGGUGGAUGGGGGGAAUGAAGCGUGUUUCUUGAGCGCGGUGCUCAACUGGGUAACAGACGAUGGCGGUACGGACUGUGACAGUGGAAGCCAUACCACUCCGCAGCAGCACCAAGAGGAAGAUACCUGGAAGCUGUGCAGCGAGCAUGGACCCAUGAGCUGCAGAUACGAUGUGCUGGCAGCGUUCGAUUGGCAGGGCGCUGGUGAAGUAACAGGUGCCAGUGGGGAGCAGGCGGACGGGGGGCCAGUCCUGGCAGAAUCACCUUCCGCAGCAGGAGGGGCAUCCUUGCUGGACUCUCCCUUAGCAGCCCAGUUGACCUCUCUUGACUGGCGGUGGGUGGGAGCAGCGCAUGCGCCGUCCUUCGUGGUGGACAGACUGCCCCUGGCGCCCGCUGCAGGGGCAGCAGCCGCAAGGGCAGUGGUGGUGGUGGUGCGGCCGCGCUGUCUGCUGUGUGGGGCUGCCCCUGCUGUGGAGCAGUGCCCGUGGCUGCUGCUGCACAGGCAGUGAAGAUGUACCGUGUUUAUCGUACUGCACAGGUCGGUUUUACAGGGGUAAAGGGUCAUGUUCCAACCUGUUGAAGCAACAGCUGCUGGUUUUUAUUAAAGCCCGUGGCUAUAAUAGUAAUCAAGAGGGCUGUUGGAAAUACCUCGAAGACUUAAGCGUUUCUGAAGUGUAACACUACACUCGAGGAAAGUCGUAUCGGGUACGCGAGUCAACAGAGGUUACACGAGGAGGUUGGACGAAAGAAUACGAAAGGGCGAAGAGACUCGAAGGGUCGCAACCGGAGGUUGCGAUCGACCGUUGCGACUGCAAGAGUGGUAACCGAACAGACAAUCGAGGCGCUGUGCGACCAGGCCUCUGGAUAGGUAUUGAAGUACUCAUUUUCAUCAGCCUCCCCCCCCCAAAGCACUCAUUCCUGUAAGGCAAGAAUUUUUUGGUAGGCUUGCAUAUAGUAAGGGUCCAUAAAAAUUUUGGUUUUCGACAUAAGGUUAGAAUCGAAAUACUGUCUUAGACAGUGCAAAAUGCUGUUGUUUGCAUGACGCUGCGCAUUGUAGGGUGUUAUGAAUGGGACUGCCGAGUAGCACG